UGGGCAUGCUCCGUAGCCCGGGCAGGUUGGGGCUGCGAGGCGACGGCUUGGGCUCUGGAGGCAGCGUCGCGGCCGGGAGCAGGGGCGGCGGGCCCGGGGCCGCACGGGGCCCGGCUCGGCGGCAGCAGCGGGCGGGCGGCGCCCUGGGCAGCGGGCGGCCGAGGAGCCUGCUGGCCAGUUUCUCUGUGCGUGCUGUCAGCUACCUGAGAAGAUUCUGGACACAGCAACCUGGGGGUGGUGGUGGUGGUGGUCCGUAGUCUGCUUCUCUGAGAUUGAGCCCUGAAGCUUCUGCUCAGACCUGGUUGCUUCCUGUUUUGCUUCUCAGCUCCCAGGAGGGACUGUGCACAGGGUUUGAUCAGGUAGACAUCCCUUGCUGCUGCUCCCAGCUGCCUGGUCUUGAAUACCAUCAUGGCCAAACCUUACGAAUUUAACUGGCAGAAGGAAGUGCCCUCUUUCUUGCAAGAAGGAGCAGUUUUUGACAGAUACGAAGAGGAGUCUUUCGUGUUUGAGCCUAACUGCCUCUUCAAAGUGGAUGAAUUCGGCUUCUUCCUGACUUGGAAGAGUGAGGGCAAGGAAGGACAAGUGCUAGAAUGUUCCCUCAUCAACAGUAUUCGCCUGGCAGCCAUACCAAAGGAUCCCAAAAUCCUGGCUGCUCUCGAAGCUGUUGGAAAAUCUGAAAAUGAUCUGGAAGGGCGGAUAUUGUGUGUCUGCAGUGGCACAGAUCUGGUGAAUAUUGGCUUCACUUACAUGGUGGCUGAAAACCCAGAAGUAACUAAGCAAUGGGUAGAAGGCCUGAGAUCAAUCAUUCACAACGUCAGGGCAAACAACGUCAGUCCGAUGACAUGCCUCAAGAAACACUGGAUGAAACUGGCCUUUCUGACCAACACAACUGGUAAAAUCCCAGUGAGGAGCAUUACUAGAACCUUUGCAUCGGGGAAAACAGAAAAGGUGAUCUUUCAAGCCCUCAAGGAAUUAGGUCUUCCCAGCGGAAAGAAUGAUGAAAUUGAGCCUGCUGCAUUUACUUAUGAAAAGUUCUAUGAACUGACACAAAAGAUUUGUCCUCGGACAGAUAUAGAAGAUCUUUUUAAAAAAAUCAAUGGAGACAAAACUGAUUAUUUAACGGUAGACCAAUUAGUGAGCUUUCUAAACGAACAUCAACGAGAUCCUCGGCUGAAUGAAAUUUUAUUUCCAUUUUAUGAUGUCAAAAGAGCAAUGCAGAUCAUUGAGAUGUACGAACCCGAUGAAGAAUUGAAGAAAAAAGGCCUCAUAUCGAGUGAUGGAUUCUGCAGGUAUCUGAUGUCAGAUGAAAAUGCCCCAGUCUUCCUAGAUCGCUUAGAACUUUACCAGGAGAUGGACCACCCCCUGGCUCAUUACUUCAUCAGUUCCUCCCACAACACCUAUCUCACCGGCCGGCAGUUUGGUGGAAAGUCUUCAGUGGAAAUGUACAGACAAGUUCUCCUGUCUGGUUGCAGGUGUGUGGAACUCGACUGUUGGGAUGGAAAAGGUGAAGACCAGGAACCAAUAAUAACUCAUGGAAAAGCAAUGUGUACAGACAUCCUUUUCAAGGAUGUAAUCCAAGCCAUCAAGGAAACAGCAUUUGUCACAUCGGAAUAUCCUGUAAUUCUCUCCUUUGAAAACCACUGCAGCAAAUAUCAACAGUACAAGAUGUCCAAGUAUUGUGAAGAUCUAUUUGGGGAUCUCCUGUUGAAACAAGCACUUGAGUCUCAUCCACUUGAACCAGGAAGGCCCUUGCCGUCUCCCAAUGACCUCAAAAGAAAAAUACUCAUCAAAAAUAAAAGGCUGAAGCCUGAAGUUGAAAAAAAACAGCUGGAAGCUUUGAAGAGCAUGAUGGAAUCUGGAGAGUCAGCCGCCCCGGCCAGCAUCUUGGAAGAUGACAAUGAAGAGGAAAUAGAAAGUGCAGCUGAUCAAGAGGAAGAAGCCCACCCUGAAUACAAAUUUGGAAAUGAACUUUCUGCCGAUGACUACAGCCACAAGGAAGCGGUCGCGAACAGCGUCAAGAAGACCUCAGAUGACCUUGAACAUGAAAACAACAAAAAGGGCCUGGUCACCGUGGAGGACGAGCAGGCAUGGAUGGCAUCUUAUAAAUACGUAGGUGCUACCACGAACAUCCAUCCGUACUUGUCCACAAUGAUCAACUAUGCACAGCCUGUGAAGUUUCAAGGUUUCCAUGUGGCUGAAGAGCGCAAUAUUCACUAUAACAUGUCAUCUUUCAACGAGUCGGUUGGCCUCGGCUACUUGAAGACACACGCAAUCGAGUUUGUAAAUUACAAUAAGCGACAAAUGAGCCGCAUUUACCCCAAGGGAGGCCGCGUUGAUUCCAGUAAUUACAUGCCUCAGAUUUUCUGGAACGCUGGUUGCCAGAUGGUUUCACUGAACUAUCAAACCCCAGAUUUAGCGAUGCAGUUGAAUCAAGGAAAAUUUGAGUAUAAUGGAUCCUGCGGGUAUCUUCUCAAGCCAGACUUCAUGAGGCGGCCAGACCGGACAUUUGAUCCCUUCUCUGAAACCCCCGUGGAUGGGGUCAUUGCAGCCACGUGCUCAGUGCAGGUUAUAUCGGGGCAGUUCCUCUCAGAUAAGAAGAUUGGCACAUACGUGGAGGUCGAUAUGUACGGGCUGCCCACCGACACCAUACGGAAGGAGUUCCGAACCCGGAUGGUUAUGAACAAUGGACUCAACCCAGUUUACAAUGAAGAAUCAUUCGUGUUUCGGAAGGUGAUCCUGCCUGACCUAGCUGUCCUAAGAAUCGCAGUCUAUGAUGACAACAACAAGCUGAUUGGCCAGAGGAUCCUUCCUUUGGACGGCCUCCAAGCAGGCUACCGACACAUCUCCCUGAGAAACGAGGGAAACAAACCGUUAUCACUGCCAACAAUUUUCUGCAAUAUUGUUCUAAAAACAUAUGUGCCUGAUGGAUUUGGAGAUAUCGUGGAUGCUUUAUCCGAUCCAAAGAAAUUCCUUUCCAUCACAGAGAAGAGAGCAGACCAAAUGAGAGCAAUGGGCAUUGAGACUAGUGACAUAGCAGAUGUGCCCAGUGACACUUCCAAAAAUGACAAGAAAGGCAAGGCCAACCCAGCCAAAGCGAACGUGACCCCUCAGAGCAGCUCUGAGCUCAGACCAACCACCACAGCCGCCCUGGGCUCUGGCCAAGAAGCCAAGAAAGGUAUUGAACUUAUCCCUCAAGUGAGGAUAGAAGAUUUAAAGCAAAUGAAGGCUUACUUGAAGCAUUUAAAGAAACAACAGAAGGAGUUAAAUUCUUUAAAGAAGAAACAUGCAAAGGAACACAGUACCAUGCAGAAGUUACACUGCACGCAAGUUGACAAAAUCGUGGCCCAGUAUGACAAGGAGAAGUCGACUCAUGAGAAAAUCCUAGAGAAGGCGAUGAAGAAGAAGGGGGGAAGUAAUUGUCUUGAAAUAAAAAAAGAAACAGAAAUUAAAAUUCAGACCCUGACAACAGAUCACAAAUCUAAGGUCAAAGAGAUUGUGGCCCAGCACACAAAGGAGUGGUCCGAAAUGAUCAACACUCACAGUGCGGAGGAACAAGAAAUCCGGGACCUGCACCUGAGCCAGCAGUGUGAGCUACUGAGGAAGUUGCUCAUCAGCGUUCACGAGCAGCAGACCCAGCAGCUCAAACUCUCCCACGACAGGGAAAGCAAGGAGAUGAGAGCCCAUCAGGCUAAGAUUUCUAUGGAAAAUAGCAAAGCCAUCAGUCAAGAUAAAUCUAUCAAGAAUAAGGCAGAACGGGAAAGGCGAGUCAGGGAGUUGAACAGCAGCAACACUAAAAAGUUUCUAGAAGAAAGAAAGAGGCUGGCGAUGAAGCAGUCAAAAGAAAUGGAUCAGUUGAAAAAAGUCCAACUGGAGCACCUAGAAUUCCUGGAGAAACAGAACGAGCAGCUUUUGAAAUCCUGUCAUGCAGUGUCCCAAACACAAGGCGAAGGAGAUGCAGCAGAUGGUGAAAUUGGAAGCCGAGAUGGACCGCAGACCAGCAACAGUAGUAUGAAACUCCAGAAUGCAAACUGAAGCUGGGAGACCAUGGAAUACCAGAAGAUCAUGCACAGCUUCUGAACACAGACUCCACAGACAAAAGCUGUUUUCUUUUGUUUCUUUUAUGUAUAGAUACCACGUUACCUGAAACCACAGGGACUGGGGAUGACCAAACGUUCUUCUAUUUAACAAUUUGAGUAUUGAAUUUCUUUGGCCAACCAAAAGUAGCUAUGUACACAUACACACACACACACACACACAGAGAGAGAGAGAGAGAGAGAGAGAGAGAGAGAGAGAGAGAUCCCCUAUUCCUGACAGAGUUGAACCAUGAUACACAACUUAAACAUGUUUGCUAUGAGACAGCAUCACAAGCCAGUGGGCUUGGUGAUAAUAACUCUGCUUUGUGGUGCGUUAGGACAUGUUUGGGCUGCUGCUACAAAAAAAAAUUAGUGCAUUAGUAACUUAAUAGUAAGCGCAUGCACUAGAAGAAACAACUCUGUCUACAUACAGUUCAUUAGCAGAAGUGGUGGUCUGCUAUACAAAUCACUUUGCAGAAUUUUCUACACCUAAGUUACCUCAUCAGUAAGUGCCAUGUCUUUACCAUGCCAUAAGAUGCUAACUUCCUGUAAAUGUUGCAGAAAUCGUUAGGACAAUAGAGACACAAAAUGGUGUAUCUGUGCCAAGCUCAUCAACGCUCCAAGGGGGACUCGGCAGGCUCGUUUCAGAAAGUUUACAGCUGACACUGCUUUGUAGGAAUUGCUUCUGCAGAUUCCACAUAUUGCAACUCACUAUACACUAUAAGGAUCAUGAAGUGGUUAUUGGAAAAUGUUUGUAAAUGUGACCAUGUACAAAGUAUUUAUACUCCUUAAUUCUCACGGUUAUAGCGCAAAAUCAUCUAAACAUUACCACACGACAAGACUAGUAAACAGGAAUCAUAUAUGUAAUGUUUUGCAUGAUGCACAAGCACCAAUUAUGACUAACCCAUUCAGACACAGUUAACCUAACACCAAAUAAAUACUGGUUAAGUAAAUGUAUGGCACAGAAUAUUAUUUGACUAUCAAGACUUUUAGCAUAAUGAAAAAGUCUAUAUAUAUGUGUAUAUGAAUUAUGUGGGCAUUCUUGAUACUUCAAGUUCUAGUUUGAAAAAUACAUAACUAAUUUAAUUUUACACAAAAAUAUUUAUGCAGAUUUUCAGACUUUCAUAUCAGGAAAUAACCUUUUUAUGUCUGUUAAAUAUCCAAACGAUUUGCUACCGUGUUACUCUGCAUGGUCUUCUCGCCUGCUGUAGUUGCCUUGCAGGUGACGCGUAAAGCCGAGAUCAAGUCGUGUUGCCCAAACCCAGAGGAGCGUGCAGAGACCCGCUAGUCUGGAAAGAGUCAGAUUCCUGAUUUUAGGAUGCAAAAUGCCAACUUAAUUGUUGUAUAUGGUUGUACAAAUAGAUUCUGUGUGUUCCUCUGAAGAGGGCAGAGAAGAUUAUGAUACCAUGAAGGCUGAAAUUCAAUGUACAACUUCUCUAAUAAAAAAAUGAAAACACA